AUGGGGGUCACCCGAAUCUCCCUGAUCGCGGUCGCAGGUCCUGAGAAGCAGGAAGAGGCGGUGAAGGUCCUCGCCAACUUCGUCAACGACUGCAAGAAGCCCGACGGCAAGACCUACAUCAUCUCUUCGAAGGCGGCCAAAUGCGCUGUCAUGACAGACCACCCCGGCUCUCAGCCAGGGACCAUCGCGGUCGAAGUCGUCUUCACCAACGAGGAGGAUGCUGAGUACUAUCAGAACGAAGAUCCCGCCUUCCGUGGUCUGCUCGGUCGGGUGGUAGAGUCGUCCGGUUGGAUUGUCGUCAAGGCCGACUUCUGA